AUGAGGUCUUCAAAUCCAGCUAAACUGUUCCAUGUGUUCAAAUCAGGAAAUGUAACCGACGUGGAUGUCAUCCAGGAUCAAAACGAGGACCAGAUCUCAAGAGUACAAGGUUCCAGAGUGCUCAUUCAACAGGGAAACGCCACCUUGUCCUGUUAUGAUGUGUUCAAUAGUCAUACAGGAGAAUUGAUGAAGUCUUGGGACUUCUGGGUAUCUGGAGUGUCACUAUUUGUGGCUGGGAUCCUCGGGAUCAUUGGGAACAUCCUAACCCUUAUCACGCUCAUUUGUUACGAGAAUCGAAACAGUUUCAAUAAGCUCCUCAUUUAUCUGGCCGUGGUGGAUCUUCUACUGAUUCUGACCUUCAUCCUGGAAUUCUCCAUACUCAAUGAGUUUUUCCAAGGCCAACCUUAUUGGUAUCGGAUGAUGUUUCCAUACUUUGUUCACCCGUUAAAGCACAUCCUCCUAAGCCUGUGUAUCUUUCUGAUGGUUGCCGUGUCUUCCGAGCGAUGUCAGGCCAUCUGUCAUCCAUUGAGCGAGAGACCCUCACCCAGAAGUUAUCUGUUGGCUGUCACCAUUCUGGCGUUGUCGUUGAAUGCCCGGAAAUUUGCCGAAUUCAAGUACGAUGCGGAUAGGAUGAGCUACGAGACCACGAGUGUAAUGGAGUAUCCCACCUAUAUCAUUAUUAGCAACACUUGGCAAGAGCUCUUUGUCACGGGAUUGCUGCCUUUUGUGGCAUUGGUCUAUUGCAAUAUUAGGAUCUAUUGCAAAAUUCGAGAAUCGUCCAAGCACGAGAAAUACAGGUAUGUGGGUGGAAACCACAUUCAAGAGAUCUCUCAGCAAGGCGCUUCUGGCCCUCAGUUUGAAGACCACGAAUUACACAGCUUCAAUACCGGGGAUUUGAGUGGCUCGGCCCAUGGGAAAAAGGGUUCUUCCCCACCUAGUUCAGCCCAAUGUCCCAAUGGGGCCAAGAAAUCCUCACCCGUUAACUCCACCCAUUUGAUGGAAUCAUUCCGCAAGAGGAGUCAGAGACGACGACGUCGAUUCCAAUGGUUGUCACGUUGUGUGAGUAUGAGGACUUCAGCCUUCAGCUCGAAUGGAUCCGAUGACUCAUCACUUCCCAGGAACUCAGAUGACACUCCGAGCCAAGGUAAAAUGGCUGUUGUAGAAUCCACGAAGAGACCGAGGCCAUUUUUCUUGCGGAGGCGUUCUACUCUAUCUUCUUCAAUUCAGAGCAACGUCAGUGGCAGAAUGAGUCGAGCUCAAUCCUCCUUCCCCAGAAAGUUAAAAUCGUCUACCUCUCCACCAGCUCAAAUCCAAACUCGAAAUGGGAUCAGAACCUCCUUGUCGAUCAAGGGUGAGGAUCGACGGCCUGUCCAAAAUUCGCCUCUGUUUCAACUCACGACUGCCAGUGAAGAACUCCCACCCCAAUUUGAGUCUGGAAUCGAUCGGAACCGACAUCAGUGUGUGAGCGACAUCCACUUGGCCUCGAAUGGGGGGCGUUCCAGUCCGUUCCUCUCUCGGAAAUCCACAAUCUCGGAUAAAGGCGGACCUUGUUCCAUCCAAGCUCAUCACACGAACUCGAAUGGAGGGGUUGAAGUGGGUGUCAAAAGGACGUCGUUAAGUUUUUAUGAGUCCUCCAAACCUUCGUCGACACGAGGUCAACGCGUCCUUCGCAAACGCCACGAGAAGUCCGUGCUCAUCCUGGUUCUCAUCGUAUUUGUGUUCCUCGUCUGCCAUUCAUUUCGAUUGGGCGUCCAGACAUUUCAGACAUUGCAUUCCGAGCAAAGUACCAAGGAUCACUACAACUUCUGCAUAAAUCGCCCCGUUCCAAGACUGAAUUAUCCGGUGGAGUUCGUCAUCCUAAGCUCGUUCAACAAUCUUUUCCUCGUUCUGAAUUCGUCCAUCAAUUUCAUUGUCUACUGCGCAGUGCGAAAAACCUUUCGGAAAACCAUUUUCCGAAUCCUUCGAUGUCAGUCGAGAAAUGUCAAUAGCGUUUGAUUUUCGUAGUCUGGCUCAUCUCGCCGCUCAUUAUUGUCUAUAUGACGUACGUACUAGUAUUAUGUAAACGCUUGUUAGCAUCAUUGUAUCUGUCACGGCUAUUGCUCAAUAUACAGUACACAUAUGUACUUCCGUAAAA